CAACGGCCGCACCUCCCGCCCCAGCGGGGAGAGCGCCGGGAGCCGCGGCGGACACGGCCGCGCAGAGCACCAUGCGGGCACCGCUGCUGCUGCCGCUGCUGCUGCUUGGUGUCAGCUCUCAGGACACUUCAAGUUCUCCAGUCCCAGGAGAAAAUGGGAAGCUCGUCACAACUACUGCGGUCACCACUACAAUCAGAACAAAAAACCCAUCAUCCACCUCAACCAUGCCAGCUGUCACAGUUCAAGCAACCCCCCUUGCAGAAAAUCCAUCGACCACUACUGUAGUAUCACCCACCACCUUUCAAGUGAUCACCACUACAAGGCCACCAACCACCUCUGUGACAUCAUCUGCCAGAAUUGAAGGGCCCACCCCCAGAAACAACCCAGGAAACCCACCACCCAUCCCCACGACAUCACCCCACCAGUCUCAGCAGGACAGCUCCUCCGUCAGUUCUGGAGGUUCCCCAGCCCCUCCUUCUGUAACCUCCAGUACUGCCCAGCAGAAGACUAGUCCUGCAGGCAGCUUGGGAAGCUUGCCAGCCACCACUACUGCAAGUCCUGUCCUCACUCACGUGAGCAGCAUUUCAGCCACCACAGGAGGUUCAGGGACUGGUGUGGCAUCCUCCCCCAGUGUGGAAGCUCAGGGAAGCCAGCCUGUGGACCAGUUGGCCAGCACCACUGCAAGCACUGGAGUGCCAGUGAGCAACCUUCCUCCUGUGCAAAAGGACUAUGGUGUCUCUUCUCCCUCAUCUGUCUCAAAACAGCCUCACUCUUCUUCUAGUUCUCCAGUCCUAGGGCUGGCCUCUUCCACCACACCUGGAAGCACUGGCACUUCUGUUACUGCUCUUGCUGGACCUGUGUCCCACACCACUAGUAAUGCCUCUCUGUCUUUACCACCUGAAAACACUGACAAGUUCUCAGAGGCAACCACCACACCAACUUCAGGAGGAGACCAGAGAAGUCCAGAAGCUGGAUCUGUGCCAACUAAACCUUCAAUUGCUGACCAGAGCCCUACCAGUGAACAGCCAUUGACCCCAGGCUUGGGGGACCAGCCAGAGUGCAGCAGAUGUGGCCACCAUCACCCUAACACUUCUUUGCAAAAUGAGGUCAUCUGUAAAGACCAGGUGCAAAACAGUUUGCCCAACAUAUAUCUGAAAGAACCCAGAACCUGUGCUAUGUGGAGGACUGCCAGCACCAACAACUCCUUCUUCGAGAGCUUCUGCUCAACAGGCCAACACACAUUCAAUGCCAGCAGGGAAGCAUGCACAGUGAUGCUGACCUCCCACGAGCGCCACUCCCACCACUGGGCAGUGCAGACAAUCUUGCACAUUCAUUUGGACCCUGAAGAAGUCCUUGAGGAUUUGAAGGAGAAGGAGAAGUUAGAGGAGCUCGGCAUCGCCAACAUCACCUACGACAAAAGGGAGCAGGAGAUGAUCAUCAACGACGAGUUCAGCACACCCCUGAUCAUCACCAUCGUCACCCUGGCCGGCUCCCUGCUGCUGAUCGCCGCCAUCUACGGCUGCUGCCACCAGCGCUUCUCCCAGAAGAAGGACCAGCACAUCCACCCUGAUCUCCCCGGGUUUGAUGAUGGACAUGUGGCCCUGAUCUUUAAUCAGCGCCUGACUGAGGAGCUGCAGACAAUGGAGAACGGUUACCAUGAUAACCCCACGCUGGAGGUGAUGGAGACCUCCUCUGAAAUGCAAGAGAAGAAGGUGAACCUCAACGGCGAGCUGGGGGACAGUUGGAUCGUUCCUCUUGACACCCUCAUGAAGGAAGACCUGGAGGAAGAGGAGGACACGCAUUUAUAGGAUGCAGAACUUGAUCAAGCAAAAAAUGAUCAGCACUCCCCCAGCAGAAAGAACCUAUAACCCCUACACACACAGAGCUCCAAAACAAGACAACAUUCCCAACAAACCCCAGAAAGUAUUUUAAUAAACUAAUCAUGCCCCCCAUGCCACUAUGUCGGGUGCAGGCUUGAAGAGGAAGGGACAUGAGAAGACACCUCCAGGGUGUAGUGUCAACACAAGCCACCACAGUGGCCUCAUUCAGAGAAACAACCUCCACCACCCGUGGGUACUCAUCAGGACCUACCAUGCCAGACCUGACCAGAUGUGGGCAAAGGCAGUGGCCUUGCUCCUGAAGAGCUACUGGUGCCUCCUCUGAGUGUGUUCCCUCCCAUCCUGCGGGAUGGAACCACACCAACCUCAUCCUACUAAGCAAAUUAAAAGGCAGAACAGCUAAAUGUAACUAGGAUGGGUGAGGGAGCAUCUCUUGACAGCAAACCAGCACCUGGCAAUUAGAGCUAGAAAAAUCCUCUGGCCCACGCAGUUUAGUCAUCACUCUGCCCUCCCUGACACCCAGGCAUGGAGCAGAGAAAGCUGGCACAGCCUGUUCCUUUCCAAUCCAGUUUCCAUCCUCUUCCCUCAAACCGCCGGCUAAAGCGCACAAGAGAGCCCUGUGCUGUGCCACAGGCAAAGGAACGCAUCCAGACCCAGCCAAGGGGAGGGAUGUGGCAGUGCCAAGUGAUGCCCAGUCCUGUGCCACCACCAGCUGUGCCACAAAGGGCUGCAGGAUAUAUAUCCUGCACCCACUUGGAGACCAGGAGAAGUUCGGCAGCUUGCUGUAUAGGUGCAAAGGGGAGGAGAAGGAGUGAUGCCCUCGGUUCAUCCCUCCUGGGAGGGGUGUAACGAGACCAAGAGCAAGAGCAGAGCCCAGGCUGGAGGUUUUGUGGUGCAGGAGCCCAGCUCCAGCACAGAACAGUUCUGCUGCUGCAUUUCCCAACAGAAGCAUUGGUUGCCUUCCAGAAACAUGCAACAGAAUCUCACAGCCCACCUGCACCCUCCCCUGACACCAUGGGUUAUGUGCACCAGGGUGGUUUGUGAUUUUUGUGGUCAUCUUGUUCUGCGUGAGCAGCAGAAGACAUAAAAGAGCAACAGAAGCAGGAUCCAGGUAGCUUGGUGGUAUUCAGGGUUUUCCAUCGGUACAGCCCUUGGUGUUUCCUUCCCACAGGGUUCACAAGCUCAGUCCACACUCUCAAGCUCUUCUUCAAAAGCCAGUAACAUAACAGAGACCUGCAAUGAAACUUCCAGCUCAGCAGUGCAGCUGGGACUGAGCUUUGUUGGGCAGCCCUUGGUCUCUUGUCCAGGUCUCCCUUUGUUGUAAGUCCUUAGAAGGGAAAAUAAAACUAUGCAGGAGUAGAAAGAGGAUGGACUGAGGCCAUUUCUGGUUUUCUACUCUCCACCACAACUCCUAAAUGGCUCUAAAAGGACGGGGAGAGCUUCACACCUUUGCUCUGGCUUUAGGAAAGCAGGGAUCAGAGCAGUGCUCCAUGCUGCAGCACAUAGAAAAGAAAGAAGCCUAGAGAGUCACUUAGGUGAGUGCAUCUCAACACACGAGGAUGGUGGUGGGCCCAAGCCCUCUGUAAGGCAGAGGAGCUGCAGAUGAAUAGCGAUGGCCGAGCACAACACUUCCUCUCCCCUGCCUGCCCUUCACCAUUGCAUGACGGGGUGAUUUCCUUCAGGUUCAAUCACCAAGUCAACAAGAUGGAGAUCUGCUUCCCAUGGCUGCCAUAAACAAGGGGGAAAGCGGAGCUGAGAAAUGGAAAACUUGGAGAAAAUACACUCAAAAAUGGAGUGCAUUUCCAAGUCAAGUCAGUCCUCAGGAGUACUCACACAGGAGAGGGUCAGGGUGGUUUGCUCAGCCCCAGGACAGAAGCUGGCAGAAGAUAAGUCUUCUCAAAGGGACUGGCUCUUCUCCCAGGUCUCCUACACCAAAGGGCAGAGUUUGAAGUGUUCUAACCUAUAUAUUUUUGUAUGUAAAUAUUCCUGCUAUUCAUUAGCAAUGUAUUCAGCACACUUUGCUUACCUGUGCACUGCACUGUAGGGAAGCAAUUUUGGAGGGGUGGGAAUUAAAAAAGUUUAAA